AUGAUAUUGACCAAGACCUCAAAGGAGGCGGCUAGAGUUGAAAAAUACUAUGCACGCUUGGGCAAUGACUUUUACACCAACAAGCAGGUGUGCAAGGAGAUCACCAUCAUCCCCAGCAAGGAGCUCUGCAACAAGAUCAAGGGAUAUGUUACUCAUCUGGUGAAUCAGAUCCAGAGAGGCCCUGUGAGAGGUAUCUCCAUCAAACUGCAGGAAGAAGAAAGAGAAAGAAGGGAUAACUAUGUCCCUGAGAUCUCUGCUUUGGAUCAGGAAAUCAUUGAAGUGGACCUUAAUACUAAAGAAAUGUUGAAACUCCUGGCCUUUGGCAGUUUGUCCAAACUGCAAGUUAUCCAGCCCAUAGUUGGGAUGAACUUCAAAACACCAAGAGGAGCUGUUUAAUAUUUACUUUUGCCUUCUUUCCAA